AUGAACACUGUAUCUAGUAGUAUUCUUAGUGGUAUGGUAUAUGCUGAAACUGCUUAUGAGGUUUGGGAGGAUCUAAAAGAAAGGUUUGCCAAGAUUGAUGGGUCAAGAACUUACAAUUUACACAGAGAGAUAGCAACCCUUAGUCAAGGAACUUCUACAGUUUCUGAAUACUAUACAAGACUCAAGAACUUAUGGAGGCAAAAGUUAUAUCAAUUCUUGAUGGGAUUAAAUGAGAACUAUAUGGAGGCAAGAAGGCAGAUACUUCUUAUGUCACCACUGCCUUCUAUGAACAAAGCAUAUGCUAUGAUCUCUGGGGAUGAGAACCAAAAAUCUAUAUCUGCUAAGUCUGUAGGGUUGUUAGGUGCUAUGCAAACUAGUUUUGGCCACAAUGAUGGGUCUAGUCAUGAUCCUACAACAAUGUACUCAAGGGCAGGGCAUACCAAAGAAAACUACUAUAAGGUAGUUGGAUAUCCACCUGGUUUUAAGUCCAAAAGAAAGGAGCACUCUGCUUAUAAUGUGUAUGCUGAUGUUGCAUAUCAAGAGUAUGAACCUACAAAACUGGAUAAGCAAAAUGAAGUGCAUGACAAGGCUGCAGUAAUGAAUGCCAGACAAGGUGCAGAAAUGGUGAACCAGAUGCAAGUUAGAGGAGCACCUAUGUUCUCAAGGUGUCAAUAUGAACAAAUAGUGAAGCUGCUGAAUCAAAAUGUUAAUCAACUUCAGUCCUCAGAUGCUGCUCAAGCUCAAUCUUCUGCAAAUGCAGCAGACUCUGGGGCAACAAAUCAUAUGGUGUCUGAUGUGGAGUUGUUAGAUAAAGCCUCAGUGAUUAAAGCCACUAACGAGAAACUGAAGUUGGGACUGACUGCUAGAGAAACUACUACAAUUCCUGAAGAAGAAAUAAAGUUGUGGAAUUUAAGAUUUGGACACACAUCUAGUAGUAUUUUGAGCAAAUUGAUUACUGCACAAGCUAAUUUUGUCAAAACUCAAUUCAACAAGUUUGUCAAGGUAGUAAGGUCUGAUAAUGGUACAAAGUUUGUGAAUGAAGUCUGCAGUAAGAUGUUUCUAGAAUCAGCAGUAUAUAUCAUGAAUAGAUUACCAUCAUCUACUAUUGGAAUGACACCUUAUGAGAGGUUGUACAAAAUAAAACCAUAUAUUUCACAUCUUAAGGUGAUAGGUUGUCUGUGUUAUGCCAAGGAUUUAACAGUAGCUGAUAAAUUGCAGUCAAGAGUCAAAACAUGUGUCAUGAUAGGGUACUCAAAGGUUCAAAAAGUCUAUAUAGUGUAUGACUUGAGCAACAAAGUGUUCCUACUAAACAGGGAUGUAAGCUUUAGGGAAAAUGAGUUUCCUUUCAAAUGGAAAACAGAUGAAACACCAAUCUUUGUGCACGAAAUGGCCUAUGACACUGAGCACAUUUCUCAUCAAGAUAGUUUCUUAUAUAAAGAUACAACUGGCUUACCUAGUCAGUCUGAUGGUUCAAACAACUCACACAUACAUGCAGAACCAACAUCAGACCAAACAACUCAAAUUCCAACACCAGAUUAUCCUUCAAACACAACUUCUUAA